AUGAGCGUCAACGUGACAUCUGUUCUGGUCUUCGAUCAAGCUCAAAUGAACCGAUUCAUUUUCUGGUCUGAUCUUGCCACUCAAAGAUUGUUCCACCUCCGUAGACUCGGUGCCGCAUUCGAUCCUGAUCCCGCCGUCCAUGCAGGCAGACAAGUGGAAGGGUGCGAGAUUUGGAAAAGAGAUUGGAUACAGAACGAGCGUAAAGCACUUUCCAAGCGAGCUGAACAAUCUGUCCAAUUCGAUACCAAACAAGCAUUCAAUUUGGGAAUCACAGCUACUCACCCUUCGUUUCGUCAACAUGGUCUAGGUACUAUUACUCAUGAUAUAGCUGUCAAAUUCUACGAGGAUUUAGGGUUCCAAGUGGUUUUCGAAGAUGUCAUUCAUUUUGAUGAAGAGCAGGGAAAGCUCAGAAGUAUUAUUUAUGACCUGACUGAGAGAUAG